AUGUCUUUGUUAUUGUGGGAUAAAACAUGGAAUCCAACAGAGGCCAAGGUGGGAUCCAGCAGCUGCUUGCUGCUGAACAAGAAGCUCAACACAUUGUCAACGCUGCAAGGAACGAUGGCAAGACUGAAGCAAGCCAAGGAAGAGGCUGAGAAAGAGAUUGCCGAGUACAAAGCUAAAACAGAGCAAGACUUCCAGAGGAAACUUGAGGAGACCAGUGGAGACUCUGGUGCGAAUGUGAAGAGGUUGGAGCAAGAGACUGAUGAAAAAAUCGAACAGUUGAAGAACGAAGCAACGAGGAUUUCCAAAGAUGUUGUGGAAAUGCUUCUCAAACAUAGUAAAAACAAAAGAUCGAUGAGGAGCGCCGGGAUCUUGGGAGUAGAAGGUUCCGAUCAAAACCGAGCAGCAGCCGUCGUCAUCGCGAGCAGACGAAGGUGGCUAAAGAGGCGAGAAACGUGGCUAGUGGUCCUCGGCGUAGCUCUUCACGCCGUUUACAUGCUAAGUAUAUUCGACAUUUACUUCAAGACGCCGAUAGUCCACGGGAUGGAUCCAGUGCCUCCGAGAUUCUCUGAACCGCCGGCGAAGCGACUUGUUCUUCUCAUCUCUGAUGGUUUACGAGCUGACAAGUUCUUCGAGCCGGACGUGGACGGUAAAUACAGAGCACCCUUCUUGAGGAAUGUGAUCAAGAAUCAGGGGCGUUGGGGAGUGUCUCAUGCUCGUCCUCCCACAGAAUCUAGACCUGGACAUGUUGCUAUUAUUGCUGGAUUCUACGAGGAUCCCAGUGCUGUCACUAAAGGAUGGAAAGCUAAUCCUGUUGAAUUCGACUCUGUUUUCAACCGGAGCAGGCAUACAUUCGCCUAUGGAAGUCCCGAUAUUAUUCCUAUAUUCUGCAGUGCAUUACCUCACAGCACUUGGAAUUCUUAUCCUCACGAGUAUGAAGACUUUGCAACAGAUGCCUCCUUUUUGGACGAGUGGUCUUUUGAUCAAUUUGAGAGCCUUCUCAAUAGGUCUCACGGAGAUCCAAAGUUGAAAGAGCUGCUCCACCAGGACAAACUUGUUGUGUUUCUGCACCUUCUUGGUUGCGAUUCCAAUGGUCAUGCACAUCGCCCCUACUCAUCAAUCUACCUCAACAAUGUCAAAGUUGUUGAUAAGAUAGCUGAAAGGGUCUACCAUCUCUUGGAGGAUUACUACAGAGACAAUCGCACUUCGUAUAUCUUUACUGCUGAUCAUGGGAUGAGCGACAAAGGAAGUCAUGGAGAUGGGCAUCCUACAAAUACUGAUACUCCAUUAGUUGCUUGGGGAGCUGGGAUUAAAUACCCCAAACCAGCAACUGGAAACAGUCACUCUGAUUCCGUUACUAGAUUUGUGGACAAGCAUGCACAUGAUAUGCCCACACCUUAUGACUGGGGCCUUAAUCGUGUUGAGAGAGUAGAUGUCAACCAAGCUGACAUAGCACCGUUGAUGUCAACGCUCUUGGGUUUGCCGUGCCCAGUGAAUUCGGUUGGAAACCUACCACUUGGUUAUAUGAAGUUAAAUGAGAAGAAGUCGAAGCUGUGCUUGCCAAUACCAAACAAAUACUUAAUCAGCUUCUUCGUAAAUCACCAUCACUUAUGCCCCUUUGUCUCCUUUACAAAAUCAGAUAUAAAAAGGUCAAAUUCCUUAUUUUUCAAGCCAUUCAAGCCGUUAGUCGACCAUUCCUCAUCGCUGAGUCAAAUUGAUGAGUUAAUUUCUUCCAAGCACUAUGAAGCUGCGAUGAAAUUGGCUGUGGACCUCAGAAACUUGUCACUAGAGGGCCUUCAUUAUUUUCAAACGUAUGACUGGCUAAUGCUGAUGACUGUUAUAACCCUUGGAUACACUGGAUGGAUGAUCGUACUUGCCCUGCAUGUCCUGCAAUGUUACAGUUCACUAUCAGGAGAUCUGUCCAGAAAAGGGCAUUUAUCUGUGCAGAAAAAAGACUCUGGAAAAGUAUAUUUAUCAGGCUGUCUGCUUAUGGCAAUUCUCUCUGUGCUAAAUUUGAUGGAGCACUCUCCCCCUCUUUACCAUGCGUAUAUUGGAAUGACAAGGAUUGUGGAGAUAUCUGAGGGAGAGGAAGGCUGGCUACUUCAUCAAACUUCUAUUCGCGGCAGCUGUAUCCGUUGUCAUUGUGGAAUUAUUGGUUUUGUGGCUUCGAUUUUGCUGCACAUUUCAAUUCCUUGGAGAUCUGGGAUACCAGUUUUUGUCUGUAUUUCUUGUUGGUUCCUGUCUGUGUUCACUCUGAUGCCAGCUGAAAUUCCUGAUAAUAAUAACCUAGUAGUUGCAAGUGGAGCUAUCAUCAUAGUAGUAAGCCUUGCUGCGAAGUGGCUAGACACACAUGCAGAAGGGAACAAAUUUUGGCAGAGUAUCACUUUUCAUGAAAGCAGGAAGCCAAUGUGCUCCAUGUUAUAUUGUAUACAGAUUAUUUUGGUUGGAGUUUCGUCGGCGAUGGUGUUUCUGUCGACAAAGCACAGAACACAGAAUCAAGAACUACAUUCGUCACACCAGUUCAUAAACUGGUUAGUUGCCGGGUCUUCAAUGGUUCUUCCGUUGUUUUCAGGGAAUGGCAUCCUUACACGAUUAAGUUCAAUAUUUCUUGGUUUUGCGCCUCCAUUUCUUCUUCUGUCAAUUGGUUAUGAAGCUGUCUUUUACAGUGCUCUCGCUGUUGUACUUAUGGCAUGGAUAUUGUUUGAGAACGCCUCUCAUUUUUCUGGCAAAGUAAAAGAUUCAUCUCUAUCAGAACAAAACAUGGAGGAACAUGUCACUAUUGGAAGUGACGAGAGAUACCUGCAGCUAUCAGAUGUCCGGAUUCCUUUGAUUUUUAUGGUUUUGUUCAAUGUGGCUUUCUUCGGAACUGGAAAUUUUGCAAGUAUAGCAAGUUUUGAGAUAUCAUCAGUAUAUCGGUUCAUCACAAUCUUCAGCCCCUUUUUGAUGGCUGCUCUUCUUAUAUUCAAGCUCUUCAUACCGUUCAUGCUUGUCAUAUGUGUGCUCAGUGCAAUAACGAAAUUAGUGAGAGUGCCAAGACUGGGAUGUUACUUCCUUGUGAUCUUGUUUUCAGACAUAAUGACGAUACAUUUCUUCUUCCUGGUGAGAAACACAGGAAGCUGGAUGGAAAUUGGGAAUAGUAUAAGCCAUUUUGGGAUUGUGAGUGCUCAAGUGGUCUUUGUGCUUUUACUCUUUGCACUCACAAACCUCUACACCAGAAGCAUCCGAGUUAAGCCGCCCUCAACCUCCCCUUCUCUCAAAACGCUCUGA